UGAUUAGGCAUGUUUAUCGGCCUUUACAAGCUCUUUAGAAAUGAAGGUAGAAACCGCGGGAAGAAUAAAAUGCAGAAAAGAAAAGGGCAUUUUAUUUUUGUCUUCAGCGAAGAAACUUUGCUGAAGCGUCAAGCACAGAAAGUCUUUGAUGAAAUUAAAUUUGGAGAGGAUGAAAAAGCACAGACUAACACGUUUGUUUUACCAGUACUCUUAGCAGAGGAUAAGAUUAGCUACAAGUCGAGUUCAACAUGGAUAGAUGUAAAUGAUAAUUUGAUGAAUGAAUUAGAUCAGAUACAGAAUGUCACAAGUGAUGGAAACGACAGUGCUUCUGAAAGAUUACACGAGGCUAUGGAUUCUCUUCCUUUUACGGGUAAUGUUAUUGAUGUCUACAUCGAGUUCAGUGUCUUGGAUUCUCUAAGGUCAGAAAAUUCUUUACAGCUCUUUGGGGCUCUGAGGAGACUAAAAGAUUGGCAUAAUGCUGUGAUAAACUUUGUUCUCUCCGAUGGUUGUGACUGUUCGGAUGAGGCUAAAGCUGUUGAGAGGUUACUAAAUUCGUCUUGUCAGAUGGAACAUUUAUCUCCAGGGGAGGCAACUGCUGUUGUUUGGAGAGGAAAAUUGUCCAUCAUUGAUAAAACGAUAAAUAGAGGAUUUAUUUUGCCUGGUUUUUCAAUAUCUCAAAGUCUUUCUAGUAGACAAACAGAGAGGAUUUCUUUUAUGUGGAAAGACAAGAUACUUGGUCGAAUGCUUGAAGUCCUGGAUGAAGUUUAUGUGCCCUCGAUUCCUCUCUUCUACUUUACUGGCUGUGAGCUUCAGCUUUUUUUAUAUGACAAACACCCACAGUCAGAAGCCAUUAUGGAUUUGAUUUCAAGCAUGGAUCAACAGAGUGGUUAUCUAUGCCGAUUGGCUUGUUAUCAUGAUGAAAAGGACAUUCCCUCGACAGGGGAAAAAUAUCUCAACACCUCAUCAUGGAAAGAGAGCAUCCUAAAUGAUAUCACCUUUGUGCAAGAGCCGGAAGAGGAGCUGUUACUGCCAUAUGAUUUCAUCUUUUUCCUUCUGACUAGAAGUUCAGAUCCUGACACAAAUCCUUCCAAGUUCUGUUUGCAUGUGAUGAAAUCAGCCUCAGAUAUCAGUGGUCACCUUACAAAACACCUGCUGAUGAAAUCCAUUCUACGUCCAAACACCCCAAGUCCAAAGACAUCACCAGGCUCUAAUAACAUGUUCGGUCAGAAGUCCGCAGAGGAUCUGUUGAGGGGUCUCCCAGUCCUCAAUGACCGAGUCCUGGCAGUUGUCAGUGACUUACUGCAGGAAGAACAGCGGGCUCAUCUUAUAGAGGAUAAUCCAUUGAUUUCAAAAAAUCUAGAAUCCAUUAAUUCAACAUUGGCAGAAAUUCAAGAGAGAGUUCUUGGAGAAGUUAAGAGUUACCUUCCAAAGUAUUGCGAAACUUUAGCCAGUGAAUCAGAUUUACAGUCGGGGAUUUCUGACUCUUGCCCUGAUGAACUGCUGAUGGACUCCUCAGAGUGGCCUGAGAAGAAGUAUCUCCUGUACCAGGAGAGCCAGAGAAAGUCCAUCUCACGCCUCAGGUCCACGGACAGCCUGGUGCUCUCCUCACCCCUACAGCAACAGGAGGAGACUCCACCCACCCUAGACAUCAAGCACUGUCUGACAUUGUUCCAAUCAGAUGGCACUGCUGUGACUGAUGGCCUCUCACCCGUCAGGAAAAAGAACACCAGUCGGUCUCAAGGUAAACUGUUGAGGGGCGUGUCACCAGGUGUAACAGGGCUUCAGUGGCCGGACUCGCUAGAUCAGAGGGCCCCAGACAUGUAUUAUAACAAGGACAAAAGGACAGAGAAGACCCAGGACCAGUGCAGCCAGCUCUGUGAUCGCUAUGUUACCAAGGAGACUUACAGCUCCUACUCAUCUCCUGUGUUUGUGGUUAAUAAAAACCCCAAAGAACUCGCCAAAUAUGUGGAGGAAUUGCUGCCCAAAACUCUCCGCAGAUCCCCCAGGAAAGCAGUCAGGAGGACAAAUAAAGGGCUCCAGAUCCAGACAGUGGGGGUGAGGUCGUCUCCAAGGAAACGAGCCAACAAGAUGGCAGAAGGUCAAAUAGUAACACAGCAGCCCCCCACUAAAAAGGUCAACAAGCAAUUCUCCGGGGUUGUGGCCAGUGACUCUCAGAGAAGACAGUCAUUGUCAUCUAUAGAGGUCAAGAAGCUGCAACAGGCUGACAGUGUCCGCCGUAAAUCUCUAACAGCAGUACAGACCACGGGGUCAGACAAGGCGGAGCGACGUGAGUCUCGGUCAGAGAGACACAAAAGGAAAUUGGAGGAGAUUGUGACUGAUGUGAUACAGAGACAUGGCGUGAGCCCUGAAGAUCCAAUCUACAAGUCCUGUAUACAGAAGCUCUUCAAGGUCACCAAAAUCUUUGUCAUGGAUCUGCCAAAUUCUCAAAAUCUAAGGUCAGAAAUGAGAAACAUUGCCGAGGGCCAAGUCAAACAAGUGGUGGAUUUAGAGAAACGGAAACAGAUGAAGUGAAAGUAAAAGAAGAAUCUGAGUGAUUCUCUUAACAAGUGUCAAAUAUCAAUGGAGAACUUCUUAUAAACUGUCAAAGGCUUCCUUCUGGUGCAGAAAGACUUGAGUUGUGACAAAGUAUACUAGAGUGCAUAAGUGAAAAAAUAUGUUUGUUGAAUUAAUGAAAAAAAUAUGAUCAGUGAAUGUCUUAUCUGAUGUUAUGUAAAAAGCUGCCUUUAAAUUCUUGCUACUAUGAAAUUAAAGUGUACUGAAUCUCA